AAUCAUAGUGAAUCAAGAGUCUGUCCAGAUAGCUUAGUAUAAUGCAUUGAGUUUUAACGCUUAUUUCGGUAGCAGAACAGAUCCAGCUUACUAACAACAACAUUCCUCUAGAUACAACCGAAAUGACAGUAAAUUUAUUUGAUUCUGAGGUUUUAAAAGUACUACAUCCUAAAUGAAAGUAUUUUCAUUAAUUUCCUUCAGCGACACUAAUUUUUAGCCGCUCAUGCUGACUUAUUUUAAACAUUACUUAAUGCUUUACAGAAAUGUGCACCUGGAUAUCAAAAAGAUCCUGAAGAUCCUUUGAAAUGUCGACCAUUUUGUGCUUGUGAUCAAUGUGAUAUCGAGGGGAAUUGUAUCAGUUGUCCUGGCAAUCGCGCUGGUCCUAGAUGUCAACAAUGCAAAGAUGGCUUUUAUCGACCGGAUAAAAGUUUAUUAGCUAGUGACUGUCAACCGUGUGAAAUGUGUGGAAAUAAUUUACCCUAUAUUGUCAAAAAAUGUUCAUUCAAUCCACAAGCAGAUGAUGAUUAUUUUUGUAAAUGUAAAGUAAAUGAAUAUGAUAAAUUAAUUGAUCCUAAUUGUGAUCGAUGUAAAUUAGCAAUGGAUAUAGGUGAAAAACCAUCAGAGGAUACAGAAUGUGAUCAUAAACCUGAGCCAAUUGAAUGUCAUUAUCAUGGAACACAAUCUGUUUCAAAUGAUAAUGAAUGUCAAUGUAAAACUGGUUAUACUGGUACAAAAUGUGAUGAAUGUGAAGAGGGUUAUUUCAAUCACGAAGGAAAGUGUCUACAAUGUUAUUGUUCAGGAAAAACAUCAUCUUGUCGACUAUCAGAUGAUCAUUAUUUCUGGAAUAUUACAACGGAUAAUUCAGCUGGAUUUGGUUUCGAUAUUUGGCUUGGUCAAAGAAUAUCUGCAGGUAAUAUUGAACGUGUUGACAAAACAUCAGAUGGAAAUCAACGUAUUGAACGUGGAAUUGAUGGUUUUUAUGUUAAACAUGCAAUAAAUAAUAAAGGAGUUAUACAUUUCGGUGUUAAUUUAAUACCACCGAAACCAACAUCUCCAACACAAAAUGAUGUACCGAUUUAUAAAUACAUGUAUGGCGGUAAAAUGUCUUUUAAAAUUGACUCAAUUAAACUGGAUCCAAAUGAAUUAACUCAACGGGAAGCAAGUGUUGUCGUGGAGCUUCAGUCACCUCGUUAUGGACGUGCAUGGACUUUGGCAACAUUCAAUUUGAUAACACAACGUUAUGAAGUAGAAUUUAAUGAAAACUGGUGGCCUGGAGGUUGGAGACUUGGUACCCCUUUAAAUCCAUUUGAUUUACACAUAAGUAUGACAAGAAAUCAGUUACUACGCUUUUGUGAAGGUUGCACUGAUCUAUCAAAACAAACAGUUAUUCGAUUACAACCUCUUGGUGAAGAUUUAACAUGUGGAGGUUGUUCAGGUCCUGAAUGCGGAGAGUGUUCAGGAGGUGAAUACAUCUAUGAUAUAUACAGUGGAAAACGUUCGGAUUCAUGUCAGAAAGGCCUUACAAUCGAUACUAAAUCACAUCAAAUUAUUGUAAAAUCAGGUGAAUCAAUUAACUUAGUCUGUAAAGCUACAUCAUAUCGUGGAGGAUUAGUUACACACGAAUGGAUUACACCAGAGAAAGAAUACGCCAGUAGACCGACUAUUAGUAGACAGUAUUUAGAAAAAUCUGAUCCAUUGGGAAAAGAAAAUUUUACUAUUUAUCGUUCAGAAGCUUUAUUAAAGAUCAACUCUGCGAAACCAGAAGAUGCUGGAGAAUACACAUGCAUUGCGAAAGCAGUUGGAUCCCAACUACAAGAAACAUUUUAUGUGGUAGUUCGUGAUCCGAAUGUAUCACCACCUGAAACACCUGAAGAUGAUGAACUCAAUCGAAAAUUCCCAUUACCAACAUCAUCAAUUUUAGAUCUACCUGAAUUAACAGUUUAUGAAGUAAAACGUGAUCCAGAAAAUUCUCAGAUGUUAUUAAUCAAUGGUCAAGUGAAACCUGAUAUUCUAGAUGCCUAUCAUGUUACUUGGCAAUCAAUAAACGGUACACCAUUCAAUACAAAAACAGAGAUCAUAGAUACUGCACGUGGUGCUUUCAUAGUUCGACUACCAGUAUCAUAUGAAACAAUAAAAUCAGGAAAUGAAACAAUUAUUGGAUAUUUUAUUGGUAAAGAUCCUAUUUAUACACCACAAUGGACAAGAAUGAUGGAACCAACUAUUGUUGUCACAGAAGCCGAUGAAAUCACUCCGGAUGAUAUUAUCAACCCGCCAGCUGAUGUAACAAUUCCUUUCAUGGAACCAUAUACAAUCAAAGUGAGAACAAAACCUGGUAAAGAAGAUAUCAGUGUGACCUGGAGAAAAGUUGGACCACUUCCUGAAACUAUCGUAAAAGAAAAGAAACCUGAUGAAGAGGCAACUGGGGAGAUAGAUUCAAUUCUUCCUGAAGGUACUUCUCAAGAUAAAACAAACUUAAAUAUUUGGGCUGCUGCUGAACAACAUGAAGGCAUCUAUGAAGGAAUUGUUGUUCGUAAUCGAGAUGGAGAAGAGGUGAAACGGAUUCAAACAAUAAUACGUGUUCAACCAAUGAAUAAUGGUGGUAAAACUGAAUUAGGUCUUGCUGAAGCAGCUGAAUCUAUUGAUGAAGAUGAUACUGAUGGUGAUAAAGAACCACAAACAUGGGAUUUCAUAGUUGGAGGUUUCACUCCUGAAGCUCAAUAUUGUCAAAGACCUACUUGGACAGUAGUUGAUUAUCAAAUGAAUAAAAGUGUGGAUAUUACUGAUAAAGUUGAUCGUACCUCAGAUACAAACUUCCGUGUUAAUUAUCCUCUUACAAGUGGAUUAUAUUUACGUUUCCAAUGUCAACCAAUUCCAAUGAGUAAUUUGACGGUGAAAUCAAAUUUAAUGUUUCAUCUCCUGAUCCGCGAAUUAUACUCAAACCAAUUUUGCAUGGAUUUAAAUCCAGAAUAUGAUUCAUCAGUGAAUAUUAGUUCAUCUUCAAUGACAUCGGAAAUGAUAUCUCAUGCAAUUGUACCAAGUGAAAAAAGAAUUAUCAUAAGGAAAGGUGAUAUACCAGCUAUUCGUCAAUUAGAGAUUGAUUGGAGACGUGUUGGUGAAUUUGAUCCAUUCAAUGAUGCCGGUUAUUUCACGUGUUUUGUGAAUAAUACAGAGACGAAUGGAUCAAGAACAAUUAAAAUACCUACUGAUAAAGUUCCUGUACAAUUGCCAGAGGAUCCGUUUACACGUUUGUAUAUCUAUUCACCGGAUACUUAUGUUAUUCCAGAAGUUGAUGGAAGCUCCAAAGUGAUGAUUCCUGAAGGUGAACAGUUACGUAUUUAUUGUGUAUUCGAAGCUAGACCUUCAGACGAAUUUCAUGGUUGGCGAUUAACAAAUUCACUGGUUGAAAAUAAUAUCAGAAUUGAACAUCGACCAUAUUCAUCAUUGGUAAAAACAGAGAAAGUUGAUUUAACCUUAGAUGGACAAACUGUAGAAUGCGCUUUCGGUGACAGAAGUAAACCAGUAAAAAUAUCCGUUAUUCCAAAAGAUGAUAGAAAACUUCAUGCAAAAAUAUUGAGUGAUUCAUUUGUAAAUGAUCAGUUAAUUGGUAUUACUGGUAGUGAUCUCAAUUUAACAUGUGAUAUAAAAUAUGCUGGUAGAAAACCUGCUUCCAUUGAACGAAUUGAUUGGUUCGUACAGUAUUUUAAUGGAAUACGACGUGAUAUAAAGCGUACAAAAUUAGCUGAAAAUAUGAUAACUAGCCCUAAAGGUGAAUGGAUUUAUUUCGAUAAGUUAUCUGAUAAACCACAAGGUGUGAACAUUUUUUGUGUUAUCCGCCUAAAAGAUAUUCAGAAGGCUACACAAGCUUAUUACUCUUCCCCACAAGUUAGUCUAUGGUUACGUGAACCGAAAUUAUUAGUCUAUAUUGAAGGUGAAGAUCGUCCAGGAAUUGUAACUGGUGCUGAAACACAAACAGUUAAAAUUAGAUGUGUUAUUAAAGAUGCUUGGCGCAACAAAACUGUGGAUGAGGCCGACAUCGCUUGGGAGACAAAAGUUACAUCCCUUCAAGAAGAAAUAUCAGAUAAUAAUGAACGAGCUAGACCACAACCAUCUCCAAGAGACUUACCCAUGUUGGGAGCUAAGGCACUCUAUGAUCAAAUGGUAAUUGCUGGUCUUCGAAGGCAACCCAAUUGGAUUGCUAGAUUCAGAUGUAAAGGGACAGAUUUGAAAACUGGUGCUAGUGGAUACUCUGAUUAUGUGAAGUUAGAGGUUUUAGCCGGUGACACUUUGGAACAAAUUCCCAAGCUACGAAUUCUUCCACAUAUCGAUUCAAGUUCACCGUAUCCAUACAAAGUGGAGUGUAUAGAUGAAAAUCAGAAUUAUGAAUCACAAGUAACUUGGACACGUCAAGAUGAAUCAAUUGAUCCGGAACAGAUUACAAUGGUUCCUAAUUCAGCCGUAUUAAAAUGGACAUACAAUGGUAUUGAUAAAUUUGAUCCAAGAUUUCAUGCUGGUAUAUAUACAUGUAGAUCUAUUAAUCCAUAUUCAUCAUCUGUGAAACAAGUUUAUAUUCCUUUUGAUCUAAUGCCUACAGAUUAUGAAACUCCAAUCACUCCUGAAGUACGUAUAUUUUCAAAUGUUAAUGAAAUAUUCCAAGAUUCUGGUGAUCGAUAUGUUCGUGUCAUUCAAGGUCAACCGUUUGAACUGAUAUGUACAUUCUAUGGGCAUCCUCCUCCAGAAGGUGGUUUACAAUGGUCUAUUGAUAGAUUCAAUGGUACAAGUAGUUCAUUAAGUUCCCAUUGGUUAUCAAUGCAAGGAUUGAUUAUACAUUCUGGUCGACAUUAUUGGACUCAGAUUGGAUCACCACAAUUUGAUGCACAAGGUAGACAUACUGGUGUAUUUCAAUGUACUGCGUUAAAUUCUAUUGGUCAAAUAAUUGAAAGAGAUCAAGUCAGAGUUGAACUUCAUCAGGUUUAUGUACGUAUUAAUGAACUAAGUGAAUCUGGUUUAAUAGAGAAUCUAAAAGGUCAAAAUGGUACAAUUACAUGCAAUGCUUAUGAUGGUUACCUACAGUUUAUUCUACCUGAAGCGGUAUACAUGUGGGAAGUGGAACGAAUUAAUGGUGAACGUGUACAUCCAAAUCUAAUCGCUGAUACCGUUGAAAUCGAUAAUAAUCAACUACAUUAUUAUGGUUUAUCAACUACAGCAAAUAAUCUAAGAAUUAGAUGUAUCUCAUUGAAUGAUACAGCACGUUAUAUAUCAUCAGAUUUCAGUUUUCGUGUAUACGGUGGUAAGAAGGAACCAGCUAAGACAUCAGAUAUUGAACCUGGAGGAACACGAUGGUUAAGUGGAAAUGGUGAAGAACGAAUCACUUUAAAAAUUGGCGGUAAAAAUGAUUUAACCAAUCAUGUCACAAUUAAAGAUGGUGAAAAUGUUCAACUGAAUUGUACUGCUCAUGAUACAGUUACUGGAAGACUUUUAACUGAUGGAGAUCUUUAUUUUGGUUGGCGGUUACUUGGUGCUCAUAGUGAAACUGUGCCUGAGUCUAGUUUAGCAAGGCAAUCAGUACAAAUGUAUGUGACAGAUAAUGGUAAUACUGGAAUGUUCACUGUAGAAGAUGCUCGACCAUCACCAAACCUACCUCAACCAACCGCUCGUAUUCAGUGUUUAGCUACUUCAUAUACUGAGGGAAUUACCUAUUACAGUACUCUAGUGGAUUUUGUAGUUUAUCCUGAAGAAAUUCCAGUAGAUCAUGUGAAAGAUGUAAAAGAUCGAGAAAAACUAAAUCGUCUUACUGUCAGUGUUAUCGGUUUAGACGAUCGUGGAAGGUUAGCUGCAACUGAAGGUUCUACAGUAGAUUUGAAAUGUGUUGCUCAAGAUCGUUCAACUAAACAACCUACUAAGGAGUUAGUAAAUUAUGGAUGGGAAUUCAAUCGAUUAGAUGGUACACCAGUUGACACAACAGCAUUAAUUGACACCGGGGAAACUAAUAAACUGGAAAUGAAUAAUGAACGUUUACUGCUUCAAGGAUUAAAACAAACUACAUCAAUUCGUGGUCGUUGUCGUGUAAAUGUCCAGUCAACUGAUGAAACACAAUUACCUUCAAGUGAAGAAGUAUUCUAUUCACCCUACUUCAGAUUUGAUGUAACCGAUGCGACUGAUAGUGGACGAAGAGAUUUUGUUGCACCAAUCGAACCAAUUGUAACUACAAAGGAUAGUGAUGUUUUCAUACGAGUCGAAGGACUAGAUGAGAAUGGAGCUUUGUCAGCUGAUAAUGGAGAUGAUGUUGAGCUAAAAUGUGUUGCAAUCAAUCAAACUACCAAUGAACCAAUUACUCAGGAAUCAUCAUCAAAGGAUGUUGAAAUCAAUUAUGGAUUAGAAGUAAUACGUUUAAGUAAAUUGCCGGCUUCUUCAUCAGAGUUAUCUAAGUCUAUAACUGUGAAUCCUCAAACCGGUGAAAUAAAACUGACUGGUCUACACAGUCAAGCAGAUAAUCAAGAUAUUAGAAAGCGUAUUCAAAGUCGGUGUAUAGCUGAGAUCAAGUAUAAAUCAGAUGAAGAUCAAGAUGUACAACGUUAUGCUAGUCCAUAUUUCCUGGUCAAUGUGCCGAAAGAUAUUGAAGCCCUACCUGAUUAUGUGGAUGUAUCACGUUCAAGGUAUGAAAUAACAGUCAGUGGAUUAAACAAUUACGGUGUAUUGAAAGUGAAACCAGGGCAAAAUAUUCAAUUAAAGUGUAUUAUUCGAGAUAAAGAAACGGAUACACUUAUGGAUACAUUGACCCCAACUCAGUUUAUUGGAUGGCAGUUUCCUGCACUACCAAGUGGUUAUCAAGUGAAUAUGGGUGAUUUUGCUAGACGAUCAAAAAUUGAAGGGAAUGAAUUGCACUUGGAAGAUAUACGUGAUGAUUUUCCAGAUAAUCUACAAGGUCGUUGUUGGUUUGAUGAUGGUUUCAUGUAUUACUAUUCAUCAUUCUUCCCAAUUGUUUCACCAAAUACUCUAAAUGAUGGUCGUGUCAGGGUGGAAGUUCAAGAAACUGGAACAAGAGAUGAACGAAAAUACUUAUGCACAGCUUAUGAUUCAAGAACUGGUCAACGUUUAGGUAAUGUUACUUAUGAUUGGAAAUUCACUACACCCAAUGGAGAUAUCAUACCACCAGUUUAUUAUUUUAAUUCAAUUGAAAGUCAAGGAAAUAAAUUAACUCUGGGAAAUAUAAAUACACAAAUAAAACUGCCUGAACAUUUACGUAAUAUUGAACGUAUUGAAGGACGUUGUGUAAUCUUAGCACAUGAAUAUAAUGAUGAUGAUAUCGAAAAGCCAGGAAAAAUUAAUAUUUAUCAGUCUAGACCAUUUGUUAUCAUUAAUCCAUCUGCUAUUGAUCCAAAUGAACUUUUAACCACUCCAGAUCCAUUCAUUAAAAGUCAUCGUUUAUACGCUACUGUGGAUGGGUUAACGGAUGGCGCUGUUAUUGGUCCAGUGGGCUCAACAGUUACUCUGACGUGUCAUGCUUACGAUUCUACAAAUCAUACUCUAGUAGAGGAUUUGAAAUACUACUGGGAAUUGAAACGACGUGAUGGUUCACCGAUUGACACAUCAGUACUAGCAAAAGAUUAUGUAAACAUCAAUGGUCCAGGUGGAAAUACACUAAUACUUGGAAGUCUACGCUCACUUGCUUCAGGUAUGACAGGAAGAUGUAUUGUUAUGAAUGAGACUGUACCAGAUCCAACAACAUCAGAUGAUGGUCUAUUAAGCGGUGAUAAGAAGAUUUUCUCGCCAUCUUUUGAUUUCAUUAUAACCGGUGAUAUUCCUUCAGGUCCAUCUGAUGAUGUUUUGUACGCAGGAAAUAAAGAUUAUGAAAUCGAUGGAAAAGACUAUGAAGUUAUAAUCGGAGGUUUAGAUGAAGAUGGAAAAUUAAAGGUUUCCAAGGGUGAUAACAAAACAUUUACAGUCUUCCUACGACAUAAAGAAACAGGUGAUGAAAUCUAUCCAGGUCCACCGAACACUCUAGCAGGAAUUGAAACACGUUACAUCAGUGGGUACCCUGCACCAUUAUCAUCGUUAGCUGACACUAUUGAAUUCCAGUCGGAUAGUGGAAAAUUCAAUUUAUAUAACAUGAAAAAACCGAGUACCACUCCUCCAACUCAAAUACGUUUUAUCAUUGAACGUAAAGAAUUAGAUGAAGACGGUAAACCGAAAGAUACAAUACGUUAUGCUUCAAAGUAUAUUGAUUUAAUUCCAGAACAAGAAGGCGAAGAAGUGUCUGAUAGGCCUCCAAUGGAACCAGGUGAAAUAAUCUAUCCGAUUAUCGAUGGCUUAAAUAGUUGCGGUACACUGCCAUUAGUCAUUGGAAAUAAUGUGACUUUGAAGUGUCGUCCAAAUGAUACACGUUUAUUAUCAGAAUCCCUUAUAUAUGAUUGGGAAAUAAGAGAUAAAUAUGGUCAAAUAUUGCCACGUACAAAUCUGUUAGCAAAAUAUUCAGUCCUAUGGUCGAUGUAUUAUUAUACGAACUUCUGGUGUCCAAGAUCGAUAUACUUCAGAAUAUUUGAAUUUGGGCAGCAUGGAUUAGGAUGUGAACCAACUGGACCACAAAUUAUUCCCGAUAUAUCUGGUUACGUACCUAAACCAGAGGAACGAUAUGAAGUUCUUAUCAGAAUUCAAGGGUUAAAUGAUAUGGGUGAGGUUGUUGCAAAACCAGGCGAUGAUAUAGCCCUUAAAUGUUUAGCACUGAAUACUACUACGCAAGAACCUAUUCCAGAUGUUGCUAUUGGAUGGAGUUUCAUGAAUGAUUAUGAAGAACCAUUGCCAAUUGGAAAAAUUGCUUCAAGUGUUAAAUUAAGUCAACAGGAUGAAUUACAAUUGACCAGUUUAUAUGAAAAUCCUAAUUCUCGUGGACGAUGUAUGAUAACACUUGAUCAAAAAGUCACUUUAAGUUCACCAUACUUUAGAUUUCAUGUACCAGGCGAAGUUAUAUCACCUCAUAUACCAAUUAGUCCAUCUUAUUCAGAUAGAAGAGUACGCGUUGAAAUUAGUGGAUUAAAUAAACAGAAUCAGAUUAGUGUGACACGAGUUGGAGAUGAUGCAACUUUACGAUGUCAAGCAAUUGUAGUUGAUACUAGUUCACCAUUAUAUCCAACACAUGGUGUACGUUAUGGUUGGGAAUGGCGUUAUAGUGAUGAAGAUCCAGUUUCAACUAGUAAUGUAGCAGUCAGCUUAGAAACAAAUGGAGAACGUUUAGGCUUACGUGGAAUUCGUCCACCACCUGGUACAAAAGGUAGAAAUGUUAAAGGACGGUGUAUAGUUCAUGUACCAGCCCACCAAGUUGAUGCUUCAUUACCUCCUAAUGAUGUAUUGGUUUAUGGAUCAGACUUCUUUACAAUAGAUGUUGCCAGGAAACCGACAACUGUUGAUCCACAAUUAAUUCCUAUACCAGGAAAAGAAUCAGAUAAUAUUGAAAUAAUAGUGGAUGAACUGGACAGUGAAGGUUAUCUAGUUGGUAAUGAGAAAGAAAGCGCCAGUGUUGUCUGUGAAGCUAGAAAUCGUACCACACAACAAAGACUGUCUACAGAAGGUCUACGAGCAGAGUAUGAUGUAGUGUAUGGAUGGGAAUUCGCUGAUGCCACUGGUCGAUCAAUCGAUUCAAGUUUAUUUGCUGACAGUGUAUCAAUCGAUUCAUCAGGUAAUCUACGCUUAAGAGAUUUAGUUGCACCGAAUCGUGGAAAUUUACCCUUUAAAAUACGUUGUGUUGCUGUGGUUAGCAAACGUCCAACUACACCAGAAGAUAAACCUGGUCCAACGAAGUCGUUUGCAUCUGAUUAUUUUGGAGUAGAUGUCAAAAGAUCUGAUGGUACAUCCACAAGAGAAGGUGGUGUAACAGAUAUUACAGGCAAGUUAAUCAAAGUGAAGAUUGAUGGUUUGAAACCUGAUGGAACAUUUACAACUCAACUUGGUGGAAAUGCAAGUAUUAAAUGUUUACCUAUUGAUUCGAAAACUAACGAACCUAUUGAAGAUUUAGUUGUUGGAUGGGAUAUUCGACGUUCUAAUGGAGCAAUUAUCAAUAUGGGUAUACUAGCAAAUGAAGUUGAACAAGAAAGAAAUCAACUUAAAUUUUAUUCAAUGAAACCGUUGAAUUCAUUCACAGAUGAUAUACAAGGAAGAUGUUUAGUCUAUUAUGAAAAUCAGAUAUAUCGAUCUGAUUACUUCAAGAUUAAAGUAUCUACUUCACCUAAAGAAACGGAUGUUGAAGGUGACGGUAGAAUUUUGGUACGUCUAGUGGAUAUCUCACCCACGGAUCGUAGAAUCAUUUUAAAAUCAGACGAAAUCGAGAAAAUACAAUGUAUUGGAGUUGAUGCUCAAACUGGUGAACAAUUGAAUACUCUAAACUAUGGAUGGGAUUACUACUAUACUCUACCUGAAACCUCAUUACCUAUUCGUGGUUCACUUGGUCCAAUGGUUAGUAGAGUUGAAGAAUCACCUUCUGGUUAUUUGUUUAUUGUACCAAGUAGUGGAUUAACUCAGAAAGGUAUGGCUUAUUUACGAUGUCGUCUAUCAAAUGGAACAUCAGUAUACUCAUCCCCUUACUAUCGACUGGUUUCAGAAGAUGAUGAAGAAGUAUCUGAAGUUGUUCCAGUGUCUACUUCAAGAUAUCUCAUCACUGUUCAUGGUCUAGACGAAGAUGGAAACCUUCAGAGUAAACCAGGAGAUAAUGUGUCUUUAACAUGCAGUGCUAUAGACAUAACAACAAGAAAAUCAGCUGAGAAUGUUUUAUAUGUGUGGGAUUUCCAAGAGUCAAAUGAACAUCCACCUAAGGGUGAUUUCCAAUUUUCACUUAAUCAAGUAACAAUUAAUAAUUUGGAGUCGAUUAAUGGAAUUGUUCGUGGUCGUUGUAAAGUUUCUUAUAAAGGAUCAAACAAAUGGGAUAGUUCACCUGAUUUCUUUAUUCAUAUUGAAAAGUCUAUUGAAGAGGUACACACUAAACCAUCGAUAACAGAUGAGGAAGAUAAACAAAGAGAAUAUGAGGAAGCUGUCAGACAGAAGGGUAUCAAAGAAGCUAAUGACACAGAUGAUCGUAUUGUUGUAACUGUGGAUGGAUUAAAUGAUGAAGGGAACUUUAUUGCAGCUGAUGGAGCUGAGAAAACCCUAGACUGUAAUGCUGAAGUCAAAGAAGGCAUAACUUCUGAAAUAAUCGCUUACAGUUGGGAAUUAAUGGAUUCCAGUGGAAAUCCUGUCUCUCUUAGUCAUUUAGCUGAUGAUGUUAGCCUAUCAGGUAAAGAUGGAGUAUUACAGUUUAAAGGAUUACGUGUUGGUGAGUUAUCAGGCCAAGGAAACUUGAAAGGACGUUGUAUUGUUAAGGUGAAUAUUACGCGAACGAUUGAAAUGACUGAUGGUACAGAAAAAGAGAAAAUUGAACAAAUUACAUUUACUUCAAAAAUGUUUGGUAUAGCGAUCACAGAAGAUGGUACUUUUACUGGACCUAUUGGUGGAUCAGACAUUGAAGGGAAGCGUAUCCGCGUUGGUGUUGUCGGUUUAAGUCCUACAGGUCAAUUAAUUGCCGAGUCUGGAGAUAAAAUGAAUCUUCAGUGUUAUGCAGUCGAUGCACAAACUAAUACUCCAGUAUCAGAUGCAAUUUAUGCCUGGGAAAUUCGAGAUCGUAAUGGUCAUCUAGUAGUGACUGAGACAGUAGCUAAAACUGUCUUACGCUUAGCCAAUGUGAUCAGUUUUAUUCAUCUUCGUCCAACAGAUAACUUGAAUUGGAGUAAAACUUUAUUUGGACGAUGUUCAGCCUUUAGUCCAGAAAUGAAACAUAUUUAUUAUUCAGAUUAUUUCCAUAUUGAUGUUCGUCAACCGAUAAUGAAUGGAAAAACAGGACCUGAUAACCAUGUACAUGUUGAAGUCAGUGGAGUUCCACCCAAUGGAGUUAUUGACGGAGAAGAGGGAGAUACAGUGAAUUUAGAAUGUCAUGCUGUUAAUGCAAGUGAUAAUUCUCCAAUCCCCUCGGACGAGGCUAUUUAUCACUUCCAAUUCGAUGAAGCUGCACCGGAUAGAGAUGAUACAUACGGAGGUUAUUUAGCUGAUGAGGUUAUACAAGAAAAAUUACCUGAAGAUGGUGGCAUCAAGCUCACCUUGAAUGGAGUAAAGGCUAAUAAAUGGAAUAGAGGUCGUUGUGUUGUCACAUUACUGCCAAAAGAUGAUCCGGAUAAAACAUUGAAAGAGCCUAUUACAACAAUUUCUGGUAUAACAUACGAUCCUAAUAUCCUUGUCAAAGUUCAUGGUACAAAUCCAAAUGAUACAAUUACAGUGAAGCCUAGUGCUGAUGUAGAACUGGAUUGUUAUGCACUUGAAUCUUCAACUGGUGAACCAAUCAAAGGAAUGAAAUAUAGUUGGGAAUUACGUACUUUUGACAAUCAACCAAUACAUACAAAUCGGUUAGCAGAUCAGUUAUCAACUGGUAGUGAUUUUUCAGACAAUGGACAAAAAAUUCACUUAAAAGGUUAUCGUUCAACUGGUGAGGGUAUACGCCUAAGAUGUUUAGCUAAAGGAACUGAUCAAGUUGAAAAUCGUAUUCGUAUUGGUCAGAUAUACGCUUCACCGAUUUAUACAUUUGAAACAAUUAAAGGAUUUGAUGAACCAGCAAAGAAAAUUGAAGGUGAUAGAAAACGUUAUGAACCUAGCCAGUUGCAUCCUGAAGUAAUUGGUUUAAAUCCAGAUGGAACAUUGACAGCUAAGGAAGGUGAAGACGCUAAGCUACAAUGUCAGGUUAUUGAUUCAUCAACUGGUAUUCCAAUAGAAAAUGAACAAUUCAAUGUUGGUUGGACAGUAGCAUCUGGUCCAGACGGUCAACCGAUACGAUUGAAUGAUUUAGCUGAGACAGUCACAUUUAAUAAUGGUGAAAUGACACUGAAUCAAUUAAAGCCAACUGCUUCAAAAUCUGGUGGUCUACGCAGUUAUUGUUCAUUGUAUUUAACUGAUGAAAAUUUAGUUUCUCCAGAGAAAUAUGAAAAUCAAACAGUCAUAUUAAAUUCGAAUGUAUUUGUCAUACACGUGAAUCCAAAAGAAUCAGAUACUCAAAUGGUACAACCAGAGAUAAGCGAUGAACAAACACCCUACAUACAGUGGAUACCAGGAAAAGAUUCUAAAGAUGCUGUGAUAGUGAAAGUAAGCGAAUUACAACCAGAUGGAAGUGUUAUUGUACCCCCAGGCGGUAAUCUUAAACUCAACUGUAUAGCACUUGAUGCUGUCAGUUUAAGACGCCUUACACCUACAGAUCGUCAACCACCACUUUUCACUUGGGAGUUACGAUCAAGUGUUGGUGGUCAACUUCUACCUUAUGCUGAACAAUCUAAUGGUCUAGUCACAAUACGACAACCAUCUAAAGAUCCUCAAACAGCUGAAGAUGUCGGUGUUAGUACAAUGGAAUUAGAAACUGUUCGACUCGCACCUGAUGCUCCAUCUGGUGCUUGGGGGCGCUGUGUUGUUCACUUAGGUCAUCAGGUAUUCAAUUCACCCUAUUUCCACGUACAAUUACAAAAAGAAACUACAAUGGAAUCUUAUUCACCAUUACCCAAAUCUCACUGGAGACUAGAUCCAGAAGGGAAUAAGAUAGUUCAAGAAGGUUCAGACGUUGAAUUAUCAUGUGAAGCAAGAAAUGCAAAAACUCAGGAAGUUUUGAAAGAUGAUAGAAUUUUGAUUGGUUGGCAAUUUCUUGAUCCUGAGAAACAUGCUUACUUAACCCCAUGGGUAAAUAAUGGUCAAAUAAGUGGAAAUAAUCUACGCUUAACUGAAAUUGAAUUACCUGGUGAACAAGAUAAUCGUUGGGAUGUUUGGGGUUAUUGUGUUGCUGAUAUCAGAGAUGAAGAUCAUGUAAAACACUAUCAGUCGGAUCCAUUUAAUUUAGCUGUUACAGCUGGAGAAGUAGUAAGUGAAUAUAAAGAAGUACCUACAGCAAAGAAGGAGGGUAUCUUUGUGAAAGUACAAGGAAUUUCAGAUGAUCGAUUAUUCACCGUAACAGAAGGUAGUGAUUCAGAGUUAUCUUGUCAUGCAAUUGAUUUCAGCACAGGUCAAGAUUAUGUCAGAAAUAAGGUGACUUAUGGUUGGGAUUGGCGUCAAAUGGAUGGUGAAGCAGCUCAUCUAAGUGAAAUUGGUGAUAUAUUACAAACUGAUGGAAAUAAACUCAAAAUUGUAAACACUAAAUACACUACACCGAAGAAAGGUCGAUGUCUUAUCACUGUAUGGCCUGAAGAAGACGCUGCAGAUCAACAACCACAAUCAUAUUCUUCUGACUUCUUCUUUACAAAUAUACAACCAAUCAGUCCAGCAGAUAAACCGAGACCUGAAGAAAUUCUUCCUACUGAUGCUUUAGAUGACAAGGUGAUAUUUGAUAUAACCCCUAUGGAUGAUAAACAGCGGAUCAGUUUAACUUUGGACAAGAAAGUCGAUGAUAUUACUGUUCAAGCGAAACUAGCUUCAACAAAUUCACUAUUAGAUGAGACAACAGAUCCUCAACUAAUUUGUUAUUCAUAUGAUUUAGCCUAUAUUAAUGGAUUACCAGCACAUAGUGGUGAACUUGGUGAAUCUGUUAUAUUCAACACUAAAGAAGGCAAAAUGACUAUAACUAAUCCACAUUAUACAACGAAACCACUAAAGAUACGUUUUAAUGCAAUUGUUAAAGAAAAUAAUGCGUCUAUUGAAGAAGAAGGAGAAAAAGAAUCAUCUAUAGUUGGAAAGCAAUCGCAAUUGAAACGAUAUCGAUCAGAUUAUUAUCCUAUAAAUAUUGAACCAGUAGAUGGUAGUCAAAAACCAUCUUGGUCUGAUCAACCUGUACCAGUGUAUGAUAUAAGCGUAUUAGAUAAUCUCGACCUGGAAGUCGACUUGAAGAGUACAAGUUACACUUGGCAAUUCAUUGACGCUGAAGGUAAUCCAGUCAAUCCAAGUCGAAUUGGUGAACAAGUUGAAAUUAAAGAUGGACGUUAUUUGAAUAUUAAAGGCUAUCGUAAAUCAAUUGUUAAUGAUUAUAUUCGUGGACGUUGUGUUAUCAUGAUGACUGUACCACUUCCGAUUGAUGCUGAAACAAGAGAUGAUCUUCCACCUAUUCAAGAAUAUGGAUCAUCUUACUUUAAAUUUACUAAGAAAUUAGAAGAAGGCCACCAGGAGACAACAGAGACUUCAGUUACUGAAGAAGGUGAGAAAGUUGAAGAAACAACUACAUCUACGGAUGAAGUAACUGAAGGAGUUCAAGAUCUAAAUUUCUAUUUGAAAAUUGGUUCGUUAACAGAUAAUAUUUAUCCAAUGGAUAAAUCACAGCAUACUAUUAUGGCGCGUGUACAAAGACCACUAGAGCUAAGUUGUCAAGCAGUUUUCACAGUGAAUCCAACAGAACUGAAUAAUCAAUUACCUAAACUUGUAUGGUAUUAUCGACAACCGGAGAUUCCAGGUGACGUACCUAUUCCAUCUCAAUUACUACCAAUCAGUCCACCACGUAUGGAAACAUUAUCAAUUCUACCACAAAUAGAUCAUAAAAUCUCUAUUUCAUCUGAUGCUUAUACAUUCAGGGAUGAUAAUGCAGAAUUCCAGUGUCAAGCAUUUAUGGAAGAUGAGGAACCAGUAGCCAAAGAGGUGAUUUUCAUACAGAAGGUUCGUGAAAUAUUCGAUUAG